AUGCAUUUGCAUAAAAUUGAUACAGUGUUGGUUAAAGAUAAUGUACGGUUAGAUGUUUUGUAUGAGUCGAACCCGUUUGCCAUGGGUGAGGCAAUAUCACUGAUAAUCAGGCUUAGACACUUGGGUUCAGCGAAGGCCGAUCGUCAAUCGAUGGAGAAACUGCAGGAAUUGGAGGAAUUAAGGACUGAGAAACAUCAGCAGCAGGGUGAGGAUCACACGUCAUGGUUUAUGAGUAAUAUUUGGAACAGUUUAAACCAGGAGCAGCGUUUCAAAGACGAAGACCACAUAAAAUGCAUCAAUGCAUGGGAGAAGCAGAAAGCGUAUAACAAACCGGUAGAGUUUUUCUCGUUUUAUGUCCAGAUAUUGGGGUCAUUUAAGUAUAAUGCUAAUGUGGUUGAUGCAAAGAGGUUUCAACAUACGAGCAAACUUGUUGGGGUGGAACCACGGACCUCUGAAGAGAAAACCCGAAGUGAGCGUUCUAACAUGGAUGAAAUAGAAAAGUUUGUAAAUACUAAUAUGAAUGGUCUGUCGCAUGCUGCAACGCAGAUUGAUGGGGGGAGAGAGGGUGAGCAGAACCAGAUGGAUGUUCCGAUUCUUGUGAUUCCGCAGACUUUGUUGUUUACUGAGCUUACAUUAAAUCCUGGAGAUUUAAAAGUAUUUCAUUUCAAGUCGGCUAAACUACCAUUGUCAUUGCCACAUUCAUACUCCAUGAGCAAGAAUUUCAACAUUUCAUAUGUUCUUCAAAUUGGUGGAAUAACGGAAACUACUGUUCCGAUGACUACAGUUGCAUUUAAAUUUCCCUUGAGCAUUUGUUCAUAUAUUGAUAAUAGAGGAUGUCAGUAUGUUUCCACCUUGGAUCAGAGUACUGUUAUUCUACCUCCUGGCCAUACUAAAGAGAUUAGUGAGUCCAAGCGAAGAAGAACAACAUCAAGUAUAGCUGCUACAUUUCCUAAACGCAAAAGCUCUGUUCAAUCAGCUGAGGAUAUAAAUGGAUAUUUGAAACGGCAAAGUGAUAUCAAGAAAGAGUUCAGGGAUUUAAUUUCUAAUGAAGAAAACGCUGGUGGUGAGUUUGAUGAACUGACCGAGAAACUGUUGAAGUUCCAAUUUGGUGAUAACAUUGACAGCGAUCAUGAAAAUGUAGAUGACAUGUCCAAGCUCCUAGAUAACAAGAUGCACAGGGCUCUGCGCUCAAAUAUACAACUAUUGAAGAGUAACCUAGCUUCUAUGUCGUUGCCCAACAUUGAACCAACUGGUGAUAGUAUUCAAUCAGUGUUGAAUAAUCUGAAGAAGGACUAUGUUGUGAAUAGAAACGGAGAAAUGGUUUGCAAGAUAAAUUUGUCAAAACUGUUAUAUUUUAAAUCCGAAGACAUUGAUUUAAUAAUCGAAUUCCCGGGUGAAUCUAAACAUAAAAUUACUGCGGUUACAACAACGCUAGAGAUGGUGGAAGUCAUAAAUCACCGUUUUUUACGUGAUAAGUCUCGGACUAAAUCUAAGGCAAUAACUUACCCAUUGUAUUCCACUCAUUCAAUAUGCUUUGGUGAAUGUGAAAAGGUGCCAAUUAAGCUGUUGACGUAUCGUUCUCCAUCAAACAUUCCACUUUGUCAGUUUAUUACCAAUGUCUUUCAAGUCAAGUUUAUGAUCUCUUUUAAAUUUGUACUUGUUGAUGUAGAAAAUAGCAGUACAUUGGUGGAAUUCUAUAAGGAUAAGCACGGCAAGUUGUUUCGAGCUAAAGACCAUCUAGAAGGUGAAGAAUUUACUUUCUAUGUCCCAUUAACCGUACUACCUACAGAUAAGCAAUUUGGCGGUUGGUAG